GGAGCACAAAUAUAAGUAAGACCCUCAAUUGCAUUCAUUACCUUUAGAGACACACCACAUUGUCUCUCCUUCCUCUUUUCUCUUUCUAUUCCUAAACCCAUUUCUCCUAACUUUGCUUCUCAAUCUUCCCUAUUCUCAUUUCAUUUCCUGACACAAAACCAUCCACAUUUUUUACCACUUAAAACACCUUCAUAUACAAGCCUAAAUACUUGCCUUUCUAGCAAAGAAAACAUUGUAAAUUGUACUACUACUAUCUUUAUAAAUUCCCAUUAAUUAUUUAGCAUUAUACCCAAUAAAAAUUUUAAAAAAAACCCAUUAAAAAAUGGAUAAAAUUUCAUUAUCUUUUGAGGGUGUAGAAGGUAGAAACCAAAUGGGUUUAAUUUGGGAACAAGCCAAAUCUCCAUUAAUUGUUCCUUUGCUUAAAUUAUUAGUUACAAUAUGUUUGGGUAUGUCCAUUAUGCUAUUUGUGGAAAGACUUUAUAUGGGGGUUGUUAUCCUUUUGGUUAAAAUCUUUGGGCGUAAACCUGAAAAAAGGUAUAAUUGGGAACCUUUAAAAGAUGAUUUAGAGUUGGCUAACUCUAAUUAUCCUAUGGUUCUUGUUCAAAUUCCUAUGUAUAAUGAAAAAGAGGUAUAUCAAUUAUCCAUUGGAGCAGCAUGUGGGCUUUCAUGGCCGUCGGAUCGGAUCAUAAUCCAAGUGUUAGAUGACUCAACUGAUCCAAUUACUAAGAAUUUAGUAGAAAUGGAAUGUCAAAGAUGGGGAAGCAAAGGAAUAAACAUAAAAUAUGAGAUAAGAGACAACAGAAAAGGGUACAAAGCAGGGGCUUUGAAAGAAGGAAUGAAACAUAAUUAUGUAAAUGAAUGUGAUUUUGUUGCUAUCUUUGAUGCUGAUUUUCAACCCGAACCCGAUUUUCUUUGGCGUACUAUCCCUUUUCUUCUUCAUAAUCCUCACAUUGCUCUUGUUCAAGCUCGUUGGAAAUUUGUGAAUGCGGACGAAUGCUUGAUGACGAGGAUGCAAGAAAUGUCAUUAGAUUAUCAUUUCACAGUGGAGCAAGAAGUUGGGUCUUCUACAUAUGCCUUCUUCGGAUUUAAUGGAACAGCUGGAGUGUGGAGGAUAUCAGCAAUAAAUGAGGCUGGUGGUUGGAAAGAUAGAACCACCGUGGAGGACAUGGACUUGGCUGUACGAGCCAGUCUUAAGGGUUGGAAAUUUGUUUAUGUGGGUGAUCUUAAGGUGAAAAAUGAACUACCAAGUACAUUCAAAGCAUACCGUUACCAACAACACAGAUGGUCAUGUGGCCCUGCUAAUCUCUUUAGAAAAAUGGUUGCUGAAAUCAUUCAUAAUAAGAAAGUGUCUUUGUGGAAGAAAGUCCAUGUGAUAUACAGUUUCUUCUUUGUAAGGAAGAUAGUAGCUCACAUUGUAACCUUCAUAUUCUACUGUGUGGUACUUCCAGCCACAGUUUUGGUCCCAGAUGUGCAAGUGCCCAAAUGGGGAGCUGUUUAUAUUCCUACCACUAUUACUCUCCUUAAUGCUGUUGGAACCCCAAGGUCUCUUCAUCUAGUAGUGUUUUGGAUUUUAUUCGAGAAUGUAAUGUCUUUACAUAGGACAAAAGCAACUUUUAUAGGACUUUUGGAGGCUGGGAGAGUUAAUGAAUGGGUUGUUACUGAAAAAUUGGGUGAUGCCCUUAAGAAUAAAUUUGGGACCAAAUCAAUCAAGAACCCUCGAACCAAAAUUGGAGAAAAACUACAUAUAUUGGAGUUAAUGGUGGGAGCAUAUCUAUUCAUUUGUGGAUGCUAUGAUGUUUCAUAUGGGAAAAACCAUUACUUCAUCUACCUCUUCAUGCAAUCCUUAGCUUUCUUCAUUGCUGGAUUUGGCUACAUUGGCACCUUUGUCCCCUCUUAAUAACUAAAAACAACCACAUUUUAUGUGUUUUAAUUUAUUUGGAUAAGUUAUGUAAACCUAUUGUGACUUCCCCCCUAAGCAACAUAUACAAAUUUUUUGUUUUGUAACAAUGUUUUAAUCAUUGGGUUUUGUUUCAAUUGAAGUAAAUACCGCUUCCUUAAGAUAAGGUUCUGGGUUAGAUUCUCAUAUUAGCCCCGUCCUUUUCUCAGCCUACCUUGUAAUUUAAAUGAUAUUUUGGUUGAAUUUUGACUAUUGUAACUUUUUGUAAGUUACCUAUACAAAUGUUAUUCUUUAUUUGUACCUAGAUAUACUCCCUAUUAAACAAUUAAAGAAGUGGUGAGUUAUUGAUUUCUCCAUAUAAAGGGUUUAGCAAUAAGGACAUGUUUUUUUGUGUCUCAAAAUUUUAGAAUGUUUUUUUUUUUUUUUUGAGUUAUGAUAUAUGAUAGUUCUAAAAGGAUAUGAACAAAAAUUAUUUUUAUAUAUUGAUAUUUGUACCAUGAACAAAAAUUAGAAUAAAAAUUCUAAUUAUUAAUUUC